AUGGCGAAAUCCGUUGGUCAGAUUCUGAUGGUUUUGAAUCGAAUGUGCUGUGUUAUGUGGCCGAUGAGCUAUGAGAAGAUUUGGAACAAAUUUUCCUUAGCUACAGUACUCCUUAUUAUCCUCGUUCCAUUUGCUGGUACCUGGAACCUCUACCUAUCACCUCGUAUGUACCUUCUCCCGUCGUACGGAGGGUUCUUUGUCACUUAUGUGAAAUACGUGGAAUGGGCAUCUCUUUCAAAGUUCCAAUCUAUCUACAUUAUGACUGCAUUGGCAUUUACACUCGUCUGCACUUCUAUUUCAUUAUAUAAACUUAUUAUUCUUCCGGAUCGAGUGAAGACAGCUGAGAAAUCUCUUUGUCUUGUUUCAGCAUUUUAUUCAUUGGCAUUUAUAGUCGUUACUGCGUCACAGAUCAGCAGUGAUAAUGAUUCUAACAAGCUCCCAGCUGUCCAAACAUCUAUGGAUUCUACAAAAAUUUAA